CCGUUCCCUCCAUUUCCUCUCUCUCUAUCUGGAUUUGCUAUCCACAACGCAGCUGACAUUUUGCUAUUUCCAUUUCUGCCCUUUGCCGGCAUUGCAAUUUGCAUGAGAGAGGUGAGCUUGAUUUUCUAGUCUUUCUAAAAUACAAAGAGAAUGGGAGAUGGGUGUUGAGGAUAGGAUGUCUGGGUUUCUCUCAUUUCUACAUUUUCAGAGCUGGGUUUUGGGUUAGAGAGAGAGAGAGAGAGAGAGAGAGAGAGAGAGAGAGAGAGAGGCAGGGGCAAUUUUGGAAGAUUUUUUUCUUGGGGUGUGAUGUGGGAGAGAGGAGGCUCUCUUGGAGGAGAGAGCCUGAUGAGGAGGUGGAAAGAGAAGGUGUUGCUUCAGUUCUGAAAGAGAUAGAAAUAGAGAGAGAUUUGUCUUUUUUGUUUUUCAAGGGCUCUGUUUCUGGUGAUUUUCAUCUUUUGAUUGUUUGCUUUUUUGAUUUUGGGCUGUUUUAGGGGUUUUUUGGAGGAUUUGGGAGGUGGGUUUUGGGUUUUUGGGGUUGUCUUCCUUUUUUAGUUUUUUUUUUUUUUUUCCAACCUGUGUUUGUGGGGUUCUGUUUUUAGGAUUUUUUUUUUGGAGGAUUUGGGAGGUGGGUUUUUCUGGGAUCUUGGUUUUGUUCUGGUUUUUUGGGGUUUUUUUUUUUUUCUUGGCUGGAAUUUUUCAGAGUUUAGGAGGAUUUGGGAUUUGGUCUUUUAUUUUUGCUCUGUUUUUGUUUUUGUUUUUUAAUUUUUUUGGGGCAUUUUUAGGGUUUAUAGUCUUUUAGUUUAUAUUUCUAUGCAUUUUUUUCCCAUUUUUGUCUGUCUUAGGGGAUUUUGAUAGGAUUUUGGGAGGUGGUUUUUUUUUUUCCUGGUUUCUCAGAAUUCCUCUGUUUUCAGGAUCUUUUUUUGUAGAUUUCUAGUGCUUUUCUAGGGUUUUCCAGGCUAUGUUUUAAGGGUGUUUGUUGAUUUUAUUUUAUUUUUGGGUGGGAAAAGGUGGAAUGUUUCGGGGAUAUCUAGGGCUGGUUUUUGGGCUUUAUAAGCUGGCGCCAUGCCUUUUUAGAGGUUUUUGAGGGGAGAAGGGAGGUGGGUUUUCGGGAUUUGUAGGGCUUGAUUUUUCAAGGGCUUGUGGAGAUGGCGCUCUCGGUGCACAAGGAUUCAUCGAAGCUGUUGGAUUCCGGCAAGUACGUGCGGUAUACGCCGGAGCAGGUGGAGGCAUUGGAGCGGGUUUAUACGGACUGCCCGAAACCGAGCUCAAUGCGUCGUCAGCAGCUUAUAAGGGAAUGCCCGAUCCUGUCGAAUAUAGAGCCGAAGCAGAUCAAGGUCUGGUUCCAGAAUCGAAGAUGCCGCGAGAAGCAAAGGAAGGAAGCUUCUCGCCUCCAGACGGUAAACAGGAAGCUGACUGCCAUGAACAAGCUGCUGAUGGAAGAAAACGACCGCCUGCAGAAGCAGGUCUCACAGCUGGUGUACGAGAAUGGUUAUAUGAAGCAUCAGAUACACAAUGCAUCUGUUGCGACCACAGACACCAGCUGCGAGUCUGUGGUCACUAGUGGUCAGCACCAACAAAACCCAACACAGCAUUCACAGAGGGAUGCUAACAACCCAGCUGGGCUCCUUGCGAUUGCGGAGGAGACCCUGGCAGAGUUCCUUUCCAAGGCUACCGGAACUGCUGUCGACUGGGUCCAGAUGCUUGGGAUGAAGCCUGGUCCGGAUUCUAUUGGAAUCGUUGCUGUUUCCCACAAUUGUAGUGGUGUUGCAGCCCGAGCCUGUGGUCUUGUGAGUUUAGAACCCACAAAGGUCGCAGAAAUCCUCAAAGAUCGUCCAUCUUGGUACCGUGAUUGCCGUUGCCUCGAGGUGGUGAAUGUACUCCCGACCGGAAACGGAGGGACCUUAGAGCUUAUUUACAUGCAGACUUAUGCACCUACUACAUUGGCCUCCGCACGUGACUUUUGGACACUGAGAUACUCUACAGGGUUAGAAGAUGGCAGUCUUGUGGUCUGUGAGAGGUCAUUGACGCCAACUACUGGCGGCCCAGCCGGGCCCGCUGCCCUGAAUUUUGUAAGAGCUGAGAUGCUUCCCAGUGGUUAUCUGAUCCGUCCAUGCGAGGGUGGUGGCUCUAUCAUUCACAUCGUCGAUCAUGUUGAUUUAGAUGCAUGGAGUGUGCCUGAGGUGCUGCGACCAUUGUAUGAGUCAUCGAAAAUUGUAGCUCAGAAAAUGACAAUUGCUGCAUUGCGCCACAUAAGGCAAAUUGCACAAGAGACCAGUGGUGAAAUUGUGUACAGUGGGGGCCGCCAGCCUGCAGUGCUACGGACUUUUAGCCAGAGGUUAAGCAGGGGUUUCAAUGAUGCUGUGAAUGGGUUUGCGGAUGAUGGAUGGUCUUUGAUGGGUAGUGAUGGUGUGGAGGAUGUAACAAUUGCUGUAAACUCUUCGCCGAGCAAACUUCUCGGUUCACCAAUGCUUUCCGCGAUGGGAGGCGGUGUGCUAUGUGCAAAAGCAUCCAUGCUGCUCCAGAAUGUGCCUCCUGCAUUACUCGUCCGAUUUCUGAGGGAGCAUCGUUCUGAAUGGGCCGACUCCGGCGUUGAUGCUUAUUCCGCUGCAUCACUGAAAGCUAGCCCGUAUGCAGUUCCCUGUGUGAGAUCUGGUGGCCUUCCGGGUAGUCAGGUCAUUCUACCUCUUGCACAGACCGUGGAACAUGAAGAGAUGCUGGAGGUGAUCAGGCUCGAAGGGAAUGGAUUUGCCCAAGAUGAUGCUGUUUUAUCUAGAGACAUGUAUUUAUUACAGCUCUGCAGUGGCAUAGAUGAAAAUGCAGUUGGAGCAUGUGCCCAGCUUGUAUUCGCACCAAUUGAUGAAUCCUUCGCUGAUGAUGCCCCAUUGGUGCCGUCCGGUUUCCGCGUCAUACCAUUGGAUCCUAAAACAGAUGGGCCUGUGACGACUCGGACCCUAGAUCUUGCAUCUGCGCUUGAAGGGCCAGGUGUAGCACGCCCGGCCGGUGAAACAGCAUCAAACACGUAUAACCUGAGAUCAGUUCUGACGAUUGCUUUCCAGUUCACAUAUGAGAACCACCUCCGUGACAAUGUGGCAGCAAUGGCCCGCCAGUAUGUGCGGAGUGUCGUGGGGUCAGUACAGCGGGUUGCAAUGGCGAUUGCCCCCUCGCGGCUCGGCUCGCAUAUGGGGCCCAAACCACCACCUGGGACCCCUGAGGCUCUUACCCUGGCACGGUGGAUUUGUCGGAGCUACAGGUUCCAUACUGGUGUGGAGCUCCUUCGAGCUGACACCCAGACAGGCGAUUCUGUGUUGCGGCUUCUUUGGCACCAUUCCGAUGCAAUCAUGUGCUGUUUGUUGAAGGCAAAUGCAUCGCCCUUCUUCACCUUCGCAAACCAAGCAGGGCUUGACAUGCUGGAGACGACACUUGUUGCUCUACAAGACCUAAUGCUCGAUAAGAUUCUCGACGAGAGUGGCCGGAAGACUCUGUGCUCUGAAUUCUCCAAGAUCAUGCAACAGGGAUUUGCUUAUCUACCAGCUGGAGUAUGUGUAUCGAGCAUGGGCAGGCCGGUUUCUUACGAGCAGGCAAUCGCAUGGAAGGUCUUAAACGAAGAGGACUCUCAUCACUGCCUGGCUUUCAUGUUCAUCAACUGGUCUUUCCUUUGAACUCUCUCUCUUUCUCUCUACCUAUGGCUGUCGCAGAUUCAUUCACAGAAGAAAAGAAAGGAAAAAAAAAAAAAAACAAAAACCAAAGUAGUCAUAUUUUAAUUUUAGCAGGAAACCAAAUGCAGUUCUAAUCUAAUACUUGCAUAUUUUGCUUGGUGUGGA